UUCUUGUAUAUAUAUAAAUGCCUGAAGAGAAAUCUCAUUAACCUAAAACUCUUUUGAUUCCUUAUAUUUUUUUGCAGCUUGUAGUUUUUCUUUACUCUCUUUGACAUCGCAAUGGAGAUAGGUAGCAUAGUUGAGUACUUGAAGGAUAAGAGCAUCUUCGUCACUGGUUCCACUGGUUUUCUGGCAAAGAUCUUUGUGGAGAAGGUUCUUAGAGUUCAACCUAAUGUGAAGAAACUCUUCCUUCUUGUGAGAGCUGGAGAUGCCAAGUUGGCUGCAGAACGCAUGCAAAAUGAGGUGUUUGUAAAGGAGCUUUUCGAUGUUCUUAAGGAGAAACAUGGGGAGGACUUUGAUUCAUUUAUAUCCAAAAAAGUUUACUCAAUUGCAGGAGAUAUUAUUUAUGAAAAUUUAGGGAUUGAGGAUUAUAAUCUUAAAGAAAUGUUAUGGGAGGAGAUUGACAUCGUUGUCAAUGUGGCUGCAACUACCAACUUUUAUGAGAGAUAUGACAUCUCUUUGAAUAUCAAUACCUUGGGAGCCAAGCAUGUAUUGGAGUUUGCAAAGAAAUGCACAAAAGUCAAGAUGCUUCUCCAUGUAUCAACAGCUUAUGUAGCUGGUGAGAGGGAAGGUAUAAUAUUAGAGAAGCCAUUUCACUUUGGUGAAGCACUGAAUAAGGAUAUGUAUUUAGACAUUGAAGAAGAGCUAAGGCUUGCUAAAGAUAGAAAGAAAGAACUCCAUGAGCAAAAUUCAACAAUAGAAGCUGAAAAAGUUGCUAUGAAGGAAUUGGGAAUUCAAAGGGCUAGAAUGUAUGGCUGGCCAAACACCUAUGUAUUUACAAAGGCCAUGGGAGAAAUGCUUCUUGGUCAUUUAAGAGGAGAAAUGCCACUAGUUAUUAUGCGCCCGACAAUUAUAACAAGUGUCUACAAAGACUCAUUACCAGGUUGGACAGAAGGAGCUCGGACAAUUGAUAGUAUAAUACUUGGUUAUGCAAAGGGGGACAUUUCAUGCAUUUUAGGAGAUCCAGAAGUUGUUUCUGAUUUGAUUCCUGGAGACAUGGUGGUGAAUGCCAUGAUUUCAGCAAUAACUGCUCAUUCAAAUCAACAUUCAGAAUUCAUAUAUCAUGUAAGUUCAUCUGUAAGAAACUUGGUGAAAUAUUCCACAAUAGAAAAAUGUGUCUACCAAUAUUUCGUGAAGAACCCUCAGACUCGUAGUGAUGGCAAGGAAAUCAAGGCAAACAAAUUUCACUUCAUCAGAACAAUGCCAAUUUUUCAUAGAUACAUGCUUCUUCACUAUCGCGUACCUCUUGAGGGCUUGCGCUUGAUGAAUUUAUUCCUUUUUGGAUUAUUUACUCAACAAUUCAACACAUAUUGGAAGAAAUAUAAGUAUGUGAUCCACCUUGCUGAUAUCUAUGCACCAUAUACAUUCUUUAAAGGAAGCUUUGAUGAUGCUAACUUAGAAAGGUUGAGAAAGGCAAUGAUGAAUAAUGUUGAGAUGAAGUUGUUUGAUUUUGAUCCCAAACAUAUUGAAUGGGAUGAUUACUUGAUAAACAUUCACAUUCCAGGUGUAAUCAAGUAUUUGCUUAAGUAGAAUAUUGAAAAAUGAUAUUAGGCCGCUUAUAUAGCCUAUUGGAGAAGAAGCAUUAAAUGCAAUAUUUGUUGAGCA